AUGGCCGACUCUUCGUCUUCAAGCUUUAAAGGCGAGAACAGAUCGCGCCGCUCCUGGACAUUAUCGGCAGAAUCAAGUGCAAUCGGUAGCAAUGGUCGGUCAUCCCAGGAGUCGACCCUCGAGAGACCGAAAACCCAGGGUGGAGAAGCAGCAGAUCCUAAGGCUGGUCCUAGUGGAUUCUCAAAGCUACUCGAUGCGCCCGACGAGCCGCCCGUGCCGACUGUUGUUUUGGAACGAGACCUGCAUGAAAGCCGGUCCAAUGAAUCUCGCGAUGGGACCUCCGCAGCCCCGUCGUCGAGCACAGACAGCUGGGUGCCGGAGAACGAGGGCAAUAAUCUAUUGACAGAUGAUUCCGAGCCGGACGGGCCCCCGCCGCUCACCUCACAUGACUCCCAUACCGGAUUCUACACUUCGUCCUCCCCAAUGAUCAAGACCAAAUCGGUGGAUACCGCAAAUACGGAAGGAUGGCAUGGUGAUGCCGAGUCAGCUGUUAGCGGCUCUAGUGCCACCGGGUCAGAAUCAAACCCGGGUGAUAGAAUCUCCCGACGCGCAACAUCAGGUAUGGCAUUGGAUGUCCCCACGGACUCAAAUGGCAAGAGACGCAGUCCAUCCCCUGGGCGACGCUUGAGAGGCGCUUCCAAUUCAGACAAGAGAGGUGCCAAUGACGACGCUGAGGCUUCAUCGAUUAAGUCUGGGAGCAACAAAAGCCGAAGUCUGUUCGGAGGCAGCAGGCGGGGCAGUCUUUCAUCGAAACGAGCACAGGCAGCCCCUGACGACGUUCCGCCUUUGCCUGCACCAAUUCGUACUGAUCUAACGGAGGAGAAGCCUCGUGCGCUUGAAGCGAGCCCCAUGCCGAACACCCCACCUCAUACCGCUAUUCCUGCACCAGAGACGACUGUAACCCCUCCAACACCAACUGAGCAUCGCCCUCUCAGUGCACAAAUCCUAUCUAACAAUGUUACCGAUUCGCCCGAGCCCAUACAAGAAAAUUCUCCCGGUGUUACUAUCGUGAGCCCCUCUGGAAACAUGAUCUCUCACCGCCGGGUGCGGUCCGCUUCUGCAGCUCAUGGCCCAAGCAAAUUGUCCAAUUCAGUGUCUGCACUGACGCCUCUUGAAGAAAAAACCCCGGGGCCGAAGAAUGCAACUUCAAACCAGCAAAGUGGCUUCUUCUCCUCCGUGUUUUCAGUUGCGCAAAACGCCGCCACUUCCUUAAGCAACAGCAUCAACGCACAACAGAGAAAUCGUCCAACAUUUCAACCUGUCCCUGCUGAUGCUGAUAAAUCACCCAAUGAAUCCACGGAGGAGGGCGAAAGGACAUCGGAUAACGGCAGCAAGACUGAAGGGAGACCAUCUGCUGUAGAGACUCUUGGGGCAGGAGAUCUAAACUUCAGCCAUCUGGACAUUGACGCACGACCCGGUGAGUCAAUCACGACUGCCGAAGGCGUGGUGAUUACAAAGCCAGUGAACCCCGCUGACAACCGCAAAAAUACAGCUGUUUCCCGGCGAGACGAGGAAGCGGCUAAACUUGAAGACAAACGCGCAGCGCGCGCUGUUCAAGUAGCAUACGAAAGACCCUCGGAGCUUUCAUUGACGGGCCCUGCGGAAGACGCCCUGGAUAUUGAGUCUAACACCUCACUUCCGAAAGAUAGCUUGAUUCUGGGUGAUCAAACUCCUCCCAGUGGUAGUAUUAUUGACGGUGACCUAAGCGGGGGCCUUGGGCGCUCAGGCAGUGUGCGCAGUAGGCUUGCCCGGCGUCAUCGGGGCUCAUCUGGGGCCACAGCCUCGACGAUUGGAGCGAUUGGCGCCAACCCCGCUGCCCUUGGUGUUCCUGGUAUCAAUUCCAGUGUGCCUCGGUUGACUGGCUUCGCUGUUGCGAGUAAAAAGCGCAAUCGGGACUUUCACCAAUUAUUCCGGAGUGUACCUGAAGACGAUUAUCUUAUCGAAGAUUACAGCUGUGCGUUGCAACGUGAGAUCAUUCUUGCCGGCCGCAUUUAUAUUUCAGAAGGGCACAUCUGUUUCUCUAGUAACAUCCUGGGAUGGGUCACGACUCUAGUGAUCAGCUUCGAUGAGGUUGUUGCUAUCGAAAAGGAAAACACGGCCAUGGUGUUCCCCAAUGCUAUUGCCAUUCAGACACUUCACGCGCGUCACACUUUCCGCAGUUUGCUCAGUCGUGAGUCCACCUAUGACCUAAUGGUUAACAUUUGGAAGAUCAACCACCCCACCAUUAAGAGCUCUGUGAACGGAACCCGCGUAACCCAUGGCACCGGUGAUAAGACAGAGAAGGUCGGGGAGGACGAGAGCGAGUCCGAGAGCGAGGCCACCGAUGAAGAUGAAAUAUACGACGAGGACGAGGAAGGAGAGAAUGCCGAGAGCUUCUACGAGAGUGGCGACAGCGCCAACAACAGUGCAACAUCAUUGCCAUUGCAAAAAGGAUUAAGUCGCAAGGCUUCGAAUCUAUCCACAAAUGCUGCCGUGCCAGUGGCCGGCACAAAUGGCAAUGGCGAUAAAAAGAACGGAGACAAGGGAACUUCCAAGGACGCGACUCCUGAUUUCCCAGGUCCGACUACACAUGCGCCUACCGAGUACGUCGAAGCCAACGGACAGUACGAAAAAGUCAUCAAAGAUGAAAUAAUUCCUGCGCCGCUCGGCAAAGUCUUCUCUUUGGUUUUUGGCCCAGCGUCCGGCGAAUUUAUGACCAAGUUCCUUGCCGACAAUCAGAAAUGUGGAGAGCUACAGUUCGAGGGAACACCGAAGGGUUUGACGAUGGAAAGCCCAACCAGGAAGUACUCAUACAUCAAACCUCUCAAUGGCUCUAUCGGUCCGAGGCAGACCAAAUGUAUCAGCACUGAGACCAUAGACUUAUUGGACCUUGAAAAGGCCGUUCUUGUCACCCUGAGCACCCAAACACCCGAUGUGCCUAGUGGGAAUGUUUUUGCUACCAUGACCAAGUACCUCUUCACAUGGGCUCCUGGCAACCAAACUCGCUUCCUCAUGACUUGUACUAUUGAGUGGUCAGGCAAGAGUUGGCUUAAGGGUCCUAUUGAGAAAGGUGCAAUUGAUGGGCAAACGACCUUUGGUAAUGAGCUGGUCAAAGCCUUGCAGGUUGGUGUUGUUCCCCGUGGGCGUGGCGCUGGACGAGGCAAAGGAAAGCGCAAGAAGGGCGAUGCCGCAGGGCGGGAGUCGACCGCGGCUGCUUCGUUGAAGGUUACUGUGGAUUCCAGCACCGGAAAUGGGGAAUCAUGGGGACUAUUCGAACCAGUCCGCCCACUCCUAGAGCCCUUUACCAGCCUUCUCAGUCCGCUAUGGACUAGCAACGUUGCUCUUCUAGUUAUCGGAGUCUUGUUCUACAUGGCGUUCUUCCGAUCCUCGCCGUCAUCGUCCAUGCUUUCGUCUGACGUCGGCUUUCCCGGUCACAGCUUGCCCCAGAGACUGGCUGCAUACGAAGAGAUGUGGCGACGCGAAGAGACUGAGCUCUGGAACUGGCUGGAAGACCGGGUUGGUAUGGACGGAAUGGUAUUUCCAAACGUCUACCGGUCGCCCGAGCCACACCCAAGUCGUAGGUCAUCUGGAGCUAGUAUACUCGAUGAGCGCGAGCUCGCUGCACGGCUUCGCGAAGAGAAGAUCACUGACCGUGAGAUGGACCAUGCUAUCCGCACUACCCGCCAACAUCUCGACGUCCUUGAGAAGAUGGUGGACAAACGCAAAGCCCAAUGGGAAGCCGACGAACCAGUGAAGUCCGAAUUGUGA